GUUCCACAAAGAGGGAAACUCAGCCAAGUCGGGAGAGGAACUGACCGACCAACCGACCGAGUGCUAUAUAAUGGAAAGAAGGCGCCGGUGUUGUGUGUCGUAAUCUAGUUUAUUUGCUUCGAGAAUAUAAUGAGAGAAUUAAAUUAACAGUUUGGUGACGUGACUACGCUAUGGACCCUUAAAGAUCUUAUCAUAGGAGUGGGGGGGUUCUUCGGACCAUUUUGCCAUCGCAGAGGAGCUGUCCAAGAUGUCCAGUCAUAACAUCCAGCAGCCCUCCAAACGGGAGAGGAAAAGCAGUUUUUUCAAGUUGAUUGAAUCCUUUGCUUUGGAAAUUGGCACUUUGAAAAAGGAGAUGGGGAAAAAGCCUGAGCCAAUAGAAGAGCACAAGACGGAUUCAAUGCACGGGCUGAGCGAAGAAGUCGGGGGUCUCUUCCUACAAGCAUCCCCUUGUUCUGACACGGCGACCGGAGUCAGGGACUCGGCCUACGAUUCCCUCCAUCGGCGACUCAGUGUUUUGGACAGAUUAAUCAAUACGCAUUGUGUGUGGCUCCAACUUGAUCUAAGCCAUCAGGACGCCGUACAUAUCCUACAGGACCGAGCGCCUGGAACAUUUGUGGUGAGGAAGUCUUCGAGCUUGCAGAAAAAGGUCCUAUCUUUACGCAUGGACAAGCACUCUCCACUUCCUGUCAAAGACUUUGUUGUCAAAGAGAGCCAGUACACUUUUUCUUUGGAAGGAUCCGGCCUGAGUUUUGCGGACCUGUUUCGGCUUGUGGCUUUCUGCUGCAUCAGCAGGGAUGUGCUUCCCUUCACCUUGAAGCUCCCAGAAGCCAUCGCUUCAGCCAAAACCUCUGCUGAGCUUGCUCAGAUUGCCAAACUUGGAGCAGGUUUCUGGGACAGUGAAUGGUGUCAGAAGAGGAAGGGUUCCUCCUCCUCCUCCUCCAUUUUCUUUGGAGCCACAGCUCCUGACAGAGGACCUCCAGCCGGCCAGCAAGCACUCUCCGUUGCAGCCGCCCCGAGCCGCCCUCGACUGGAAACUCGCACCCCUUCGGAGCUCGAGUGUUGCCAGUCUAAUGGGGCGCUCUGCUUCAUCAACCCACUUUUCAUUAAGGUUCAUAAUCCAGAGAGCGAGCACAGUCCCGAAUUAAAUUCCUCUGGUCCGAGUCAAAAUCACAGCCCAGAAAAAAGCGGCGACGACAGGCCUGCGAGUUGCGACUCCAAUUUCAGUGACGACCAACAGUCCGAUGAAAAGAAGCCGUUUAGCCUUGGUAGCGACACGCAAGUACAAGCUGAAAAAAAGCAAAGCGCUGAAGACACUACGUCACGGUCUCCGCCGAGUCGUCCACCCCCGCCACAGUGGGCCCCUCCCGUCCGGCAGCGCAGUAUGCCAGAGAAAAUUGCCUGGAUCAAUGUCCCCAAGGAGAAGGCGGAAGACAAGGAGCGCAGCAGUAGCCUCUUAUCCCGUCUGGGUUCUUCACUUAGUAUCAGCCCCUCGUCGUCCCCUCCCAAGAGACUCAGCAUCAGCUCCCCUGUCUCCAUCCCGAGACCUUCUUUCCCCAUCUCUUUCGCGUCUCUAUCCUCGUCGCCUCGAAGGGCCAAAUCCUCCCCGUCUUCCUCGCUGGAGGAUGCCCAGUGUCACCUGGCGCUAGAGGAGCAAACGAUUGAAAAGGCGCUUCUGAAGGCCAAACGAUCUCAGCAGAGCAGCGGCAAAGCUUGUACGCAGCCCCGCAGCGGUCUUGCGGACACAAUGACCGUAAGCCAACAAGUGGUGGUGCGCGGAAGCGCUGGAGAACAAGCAGGAGAGGAAUGCCAGAAUGGGGUGAGCCAGCGUCUCAGUGACGUGAGCCUUUCCACGGAUUCUUCAGACUCCCUGGAUUUCUUCUCUCAGUCGUCGCCUUUCUUCCUUCCUCCCCUCCAUGACCCGAGUCCACCUACGGUGGCCGAUUUCAACACCCACCUCCCCCUUUCGCUGCCCUCGUCCCAUCUUCUGUAUUGUAGCACGGAGGACGACGACGACGACGAGGAGGAGGAGGACGAAGACGAAGAGGAGCCCGACUACGGCGUCGGCCUGGAAAGCGACCAGGACCAAGACCAGGACCUGACCAUGAUGCCGCCCGGGCACAGGACGAGGCGGCGGCGGCCGAGUGCCAGCGCUUUAGUCCUCCAGAAAGCGCUGCGAGGUCAUCUGCGCAAGAUGAGUGGCGUUUUUAGCUCCCUGUUGACACCAGAGAAGAGAGCCAUUCGCAGGGUGGUGGAAUUGUCCAAAGACAAAGCCUCCUACUUUGGCUCCCUGGUGCAGGACUACCUGAGCUACAGGGAAGGGGCAGGCACCCCGACCUGGCAAAGCUUUGCCUCUGGACUGGAACUCCUUCAAACGCUGCGUCAGUUCAUCACACAAAUGAAGAGUUACCUGCGACAAAGCUCCGAACUUGGUUUGCCCAUAGAGAGCCUCAUACCUGAAGACCAAAUAGACCAUGUCUUAGAGAAAGCCAUGCACAAGUGUGUUCUGAAGCCUCUCAAAGCCAUGAUUAGUGCAGCACUGCAGGAGUUUCAAGUGCGCAGCGGGGAAUGGCAGGAGCUGAGGGACAACAUGUCUCUGGCCAAAGCUCGCCAGCCGCAGGAAAUGGGCGUGGAGGACACGGUGCCGCCAGAUCCCGUCGCUAUAGAGAAGAUCAAGUGCAGGUUUCACACCAUGUGCAAGCUGUACUCUCCGGAAAAGAAGGUCACCAUGCUGCUGAGGGUUUGCAAACUCAUCUACACCAUUAUGGAAGACAAUUCAGGCCGUCUGUACGGUGCAGAUGAUUUCCUGCCGAUGCUGACCUACGUGUUGGCACAAUGUGACAUGCCGCAGCUGGACAAUGAGAUACUUUACAUGAUGGAGCUAUUGGAUCCCUCGCUGCUUCAUGGAGAAGGUGGCUAUUAUUUGACGAGCGCAUACGGAGCAAUGUCAUUGAUCCGGAACUUCCAAGAGGAGCAAGCCGCCAGGGUGCUGAGCUCCAAGACGAGGAACACGCUGCACCAGUGGCACCAGCGACGCACCACUCUGCACUCGGCGCCAUCCUUCGAUGACUUCCAAAAUUACCUGCGGGUGGCGCUGCAGGAGCUGGAUAGCGGCUGCACCGCUAAGACCCUCCCAGUCCGCCCCUACGCCACCGUGGAGGAAGUGUGUGAGCUGUGCGCCAUCAAGUUCAAAGUGUCUGACCCUGCCGGCUAUGGCUUGUUCCUGCUGAUGGAGGGCAACAGCCAGCAGCUGGCAGCAGACACCCAUCCUCAGAGGAUCAAGGCGGAGCUCAACAGCCGCCCGCAAGCUCCCCCCUUCCAUUUUGUUUACCGCCGCUUGGCCCAUCGCAGCGCCUCGGGCCCUCCGGACUCUUCGCCCGGUCCCGACAACCUCACUUUGACCAACCUGAGCAACCUCACUCCUGAGCCAGCCACCCCCUCCCCUGAUUUGGACCUCAGACUGUCACGUUAAUGGAGAGAGAGAGAGAGAGAGAGAGAGAGAGAGAGAGAGACUCUUCAUCAUCGGCCAUGCAGCGUCCCCGACCGACACGCUGCCGCCGGGCGUGUCCAACAGAGCCUUGGACCAUGUAGAGCACAACAGCGUGCUUGUAGCAGUCCGACUUCUCCUUUUGGAUGUCACGCUCAACAUCCUCUGUGUAGAAAGUUGAAUCAAACAGACAAGAUAGAGGAAGAGAGCAGUGACAGAAGUCAAAGUUUGUUCUUUGCGCCUUCAGCUUGGGUCCUGACAGUAAACACUUUUGUUUUAGCUCUUGUAGGGUAAUCAUUUUGUGUUUCUGUGAUUUAAGUUGACUUUAAUUAAUUUCAAGAUAAUUUUUUAUCUCUUUAAUUGUCUGACUCAUGUUCAUUUAUUUAGCUAGCUAUCUCCCCACAACAAUGUAAUUUUGUGUGUUUUGAUGUGGGGGGGGGCGGGGCGAAGUUGCAGAACGCUUUUAUUUUGAAAUAUGUCGGAGCUACUUCGCAUGCCGACACCUGACUUCCUGUCUUGUUUGUAUACAGUAAUUCCAUCAACUUCAUGAAAUCCAGAGAACAUUGAAACGAUGCGGAGCGGAAUGCUUUCGGAAGCGCACCGCAGCCGGUGUGAAUCGACAAGCGAACUCGAAUGCUUUCAUUUCCCUGCGGCGUGGCGUCUUCAGUCUGUAUAGUGGCCGACAAAGUUGCCGUGGGUGGUUCAACCUCCGCGGCCAAUUAGUUUUUAUUUUCUUCUUUUGUUUGUUUGUUUCGUGGCCGGAAGCCCCGGCCUGCCCAUCGGACCACCGGACCGGCCGAACCGAAGAUG